AUGGAUCAAAUAAUCAACCCCAGUACUAGCAACGUCAACAAACUGCAAGGGUCGUUAGGAUAUGACUACACAGUGGGCCCGCAGCCCACGCUUCCCACAGACGAAAAACCCCUCCAGUCAAGGCUCUACAAUGAGUCCCUACUUGAUAAAAAUAAGCAAGUAUCACUUUCUGCAUUCACAUUUUUGUUCCAAGAAAUGGUAGCACAACAGAGGGACUCCUCCAAGACCGUUGUGGAGAUUGAGGGCAAAUUGAACGCUUUGGGAUACACGAUCGGCAUCAGAUUGAUAGAAUUACUCAACUUCCGUGAAUCGGUGCCAGCCAAAGUAAGUCAAUCUGACUCUCAGGAUUCUGUAGCAUCUUCUAUACCCAACAUGAAGAAACGCCCACUCAAGAUAUUGGACAUUCUACAGUACAUCCAUUCAAAUCUGUGGAAAUAUCUAUUUGAUAAGCCUAGCGACGAUCUCGUCAAGAGCUCCGAGCGGGAUAACGAGUAUAUGAUUGUAGACAACGAGCCACAGUGGACACAGUUCAUCUACGGUACCUCUAUCCAGUGUGAAUCGUUUACUGGAGGGAUUAUAGAAGGUGUCUUGGACCAUGCAGGGUUUCCGUGCCGCGUGACGGUCCAUACGGACCCUGAAGGCGUAUUUGAUCAACGAACUGUUUACUUGAUCCAGUUCAGAAAACAGGUUGUGGAAAGAGAGUAUUUAAGAUUUUAG